UAUCAUAAACACAUUUUUAUGGCUGGUUUCUACUCACCUGGCCAAAACCAACUUUUGGUACAAUUAUUUCAAAAGUCUCCUUUGCAAGUCAUUGUCACUGAUGAAUAGUGAUGAUUACUGCUUUUUCCCCAAUUUCUCUUGAACUUAUUGUUCCUCAUAUCCCUCUGUUCUUAUGUUAUCUUGCUCUUGAAUUCUCACACAUCACAUCUUUUUUAACUGUUUCUCUCUCUCUUUUGGUCUCUCUGUUUCCAUUCUAGAUUGCUUCACUGGCACAACUAUUCCAUCUGGUAUAUUUCUUCUUUACAUAUUUCAAUUUUAAUUCUUUACAGCUCACAAGUAUGAAGUCAUGUUGUUCUGGGGCUUGGAGCUUGUUCAGAAGAGUUCAGAAGCACUCGGAGUCUGCAAGAUGCGCUGGAAAUUUUGACUGGAACCAGAUCCUGUGGUCAGAUGAGAGAAACUAGAGCUUUUUAGCAGCAAAGUGGGGUUGGUGUAAAAAGAUAAAUAAAUAAAAUGAUCUUUAUACAGAAAAGACCCCACUGUUAAUUAUGGUGGAAGAUCUAUGAUGUUGUGGGGUUGUUUUUCUGCCAAAGGCCCUAGGAACCAUGUUAGGACAUGGCAUCAUGGACAUGGAAUUAACAGGAGAUUUUAAAUGAAAAUCUGGCUGCAAUAUGGGUUGUGGUCGGAUCUUCCAGUAGAGCAGUGGUUCAAAACAUUCAUACAAUUCCAUGCAAAAAAAGGUUCAACAGAAUCAAGUUCUUCCACACAGCCGUCCAGGCUCCUACUGAUAACCUGUGGGACGAACUGAAGAGGAGAGUCCACAUGAGAGUGUGUAUAGAGGUGUGGUCUCAGAUUCUUUGCUCUGUAUUCUCCGCAAGCAUUAUAGGAGAAGAGUCAGUGUUGUUAUGGUGGCAAAAAGAGCCCAAAGUACUAAAUGCAGGGGAAAUUUUUGAUAAGGGCGUUUUAUUUUCACUGAACACAUUUAUUUCAGUUAAAGCGUAGAUUUCUGUCUUAUUUUAAGUCUGAGAUUAAUGAACCAUAAAGACAUUUUUUUCAUAACUUCUUUUUAUUUAUUAUUAUUUUUUUUAAUCCCAUCUUUACUUAGAGUGCCAGUAAUUCUGGAGAUUACUAUACUGUGGCUUGUGGUUACUUUGCACCAACUAAUUGAUGCAGUUGGUGGUUUUGGACAACGCUGGACUUUCUGAUGGACUGUAUCUUGACACGCUAUUUGGAGUACAGUGUGCAUGCUCUGUUGAUCGUGCUACUUUGUGUAAAAGGCUGCUGCACUGAUAUACGUGGUCAGUGAUGUAACACUAAUCCAGGCAAUUAAUUACUGAAAGGUUUUUCAGUUCUGCAGCAUGAUGUACUGAAUCAGUCAGGUUCAGUACUGCACAGUGCUGUUAAUGGCGACUAGAGGGCGAUCGAGUCAUUCUGAUGCACUUGCACUCCAGUGCAACUGUUCCUGUUUUUCUUCACGCGAGGUACAUAUCAGUGCAUGAAUGUUCUUAAAGCGUUAUUUACUGUUAAUUAUGUCAGGAUUUCCGUUAAAAUGAAGAUCAUCUGUGUCAUUCGGGGGAUCAUUGCCACCUGUGUACUGAGGCUGGGUUUUCCGGAAAUAAAACAUUCCUUCUAAUAUGAGCUGUAACUGAAUUACUGUGUACCUUCGUUCUCAAUUAAUAUUAAUGCAUAGCCACACCCACAGUUUUGCAUAUAGAAUGUAAAAUAGAGUAGCAUGUUAACACGUGUUUGGCUGGACGCCAGUAAAGCACCCCGCGAGCACUAAAGGAAAUGAAACGUGACCUUGGCUGUGCACGCUGCGUCGGCGCUGGAGUACGAGGUCUCGCGCGGCUGGCGAGGGCGUGGUGCAGUAGUAGCCCUGACGUCAUUGCACAUCAGUUAUUAAUAAAGGGGCGCGCGACGGCGCAUUCUUCUCCUCAGUCAGCGCGGGAAGGAGCUCGCUCGCGCGCCCCAGAGGUUCAGCAGUAAAAACUGAAGGAUUGACAGGACGGUGAGAGAAAUAGAAGCCUGCACAUUUCACGUGUACUGUUUUACUGUCACGCACGCGCUCCCGAGACGUAAAAAUAAAAAAAAAUAUCGCACCAUGGCACCUGGCGGUUUGGACACAGAUGAGCAGAAGACGGCGACUCUAAAGCGCGAGGCUCUCCCAGGCGUUUUGACGGUGCUCCGGUAGCGCGCGCGGUGGCAUGCAUGCAUGAAUGAAUGAAUGAAUGAAUGAGCUGCAAGCGCAAAGAUGUCGGUGCCUCUGCUGAAGAUCGGCGUGGUGCUCAGCACGAUGGCCAUGAUCACCAACUGGAUGUCGCAGACGCUCCCAUCACUCGUGGGCCUCAAUGGCACGGCGCUGAGCGCGGCGCGGAGCGCUUACCCACACCGAAGCUUAGGAGUUUUGCCUUCUAACCUGGAUGAAACCUGGCAGGUGUAUAGCUCAGCUCAGGACACUGAGGGAAGGUGUGUGUGUACCAUUGUUGCUCCCCAGCAUAGCAUGUGCUCCAGAGAUGCUCGUACCAAGCAACUCCGACAGCUCCUGGAGAAGGUGCAGAACAUGACCAAGUCAAUCCAGGUGCUGGACCAGCGGACACAGAAGGAUUUACAGUACGUGGUCAGAAUGGAGGACCAGCUCAGAGGCUUGGAAACGAAAUUCCGACAAGUGGAGGAAACUCACAAACAAAACCUCGCCAAGCAAUACAAGGCCAUGAAGGAGAAAAUGGCAGAACUGAGGCCACUGAUUCCUGUGUUGGAAGAGUACAAGGCGGAUGCGCAGCUUGUUCUGCAGUUCAAGCAGGAAGUGCAGAAUGUGACUGCCAAUCUGGCAUUGCUUCAGCAGGAGAUGGGAGCUUAUGAUUAUGAUGAAUUGCACUUGCACAUCACCAGCUUGGAGGAAAGGCUACAUGCAUGUAUGCAGAAACUUGCAUGUGGAAAGUUGACAAGCAUCAGUGAGCCUGUCACUAUUAAAACAUCUGGAUCUCGCUUCGGAUCCUGGAUGACUGACCCACUGGCUCCAGGGGGAGAUAAUAGAGUGUGGUAUAUGGAUGGCUACCACAGCAACCGCUUUGUGCGAGAGUAUCGUUCCAUGUCUGACUUUAUGACGUCAGACAACUUCACAUCCCACCGCCUGCCGCACCCAUGGUCUGGAACAGGCCAAGUGGUUUACAAUGGCUCCCUUUAUUUCAGCAAGUUCCAGAGCCACGUCAUCAUCAAGUUUGACUUGAAGACUUCCACCAUCAGCAAGACCCAGAGGCUGGACAGCGCUGGGUUCAACAAUGUGUACCACUAUGCAUGGGGUGGCCACUCUGACAUUGACCUAAUGGUGGAUGAACGUGGGCUUUGGGCCGUCUAUGCCACAAAUCAAAAUGCAGGCAACAUUGUCAUCAGCAAACUCAACCCUGUCACCCUACAGAUCAUCAAGUCAUGGACAACCAAUCAUCCAAAGCGCAGCGCAGGUGAAUCCUUUAUGAUUUGUGGCACACUCUAUGUAACCAAUGGGUACGCUGGAGGGACAAAGGUCUAUUAUGCUUACCACACCAACUCCUCUACCUAUGAGUACAUUGACGUCCCAUUAGAGAAUAAGUACUCUCAUAUCUCCAUGUUGGAUUACAACCCACGGGAUCGUGCCCUCUACGCCUGGAACAAUGGACACCAGGUGCUCUACAAUGUUACCCUCUUCCACCUUAUUCACUAAUACAUAUUUUAAGCAGUCAGUAACCACUUUAUCCUGGUCAGGCACAAGCUGUGAAUAGACACUGGAUGGGAUGCCUGGAUGGGAUGCCUGGAUGGGGCACCAUGCACUCACAUUUGCACACUCAUUCACAACUAGGGGCAAUUUAACAUAGCCAUUCCCCCCACCCAGCAUGUUUUUGGGAGGUGGGAAGAAAACAGGAGAACCCAAAGUGGACAUAAAGCGAAUGUGGAAAACUUCAUACAGACAGUAACUCUCAGAAAAUUUUAGAGAUUUGAGACACCACCCACUUCAACCCCAUGCCUCCUAUAUAUAGCUCUCUCUCUCUCCCCUUCUAUCUAUAUGAACAUCUAUCUAUCUAUCUAUCUAUCUAUCUAUCUAUCUACUUAAGCUUAUGUGAUUAUUGAUAGCGUACCAUAAUCUGUGCAACAGCAAAAAUAAAGUCUGCUGAAGACAAAUAAAGUACUCAACAAGAAUGAGCUAAUUAGUUAUAGGCUAAUAAGGGCAUUGACUGUUGGUAAAGUUCUGCUGUUAUUAUCUCUUCAGAUUUUACUUGAGCCUGCCAUUUCUAAGGCCCCAUCAGUAUAAGUAAAGCAAUGUAGCCUUUUGGACCAAAGACUGCUGUAAGGCAUUAAACGAAAGACUGGCACCAUUCAGAAAUGUGCUAACCUGCUGACUAACAUAUCAAGGCAGACAUCCACUCAGCAUUAAUGUUUCUACAUGCAGUGUAACUGAUGCCCAGUAAAGAGGUAGUUCAGGUAGAACCUACAUGUGAGACCUUUAUGACUUGUGUUUGUGCCUAGUAGUGAGAUGUGUUUUGUUUUGCAUGAACAGUUUUUAGCAACACAAGCAUUAUGGUAGGAAUGUUUAUAACUUUAUGAUCUUACAUUAAUAGGUAUGUGUGUGUGUGUGUGUGUGUAUUGGGGGGUGUUGGAGGGGGAGCGGGUGCAGGUACUACUUUAUAGAAACACAUGGAUAAAUAGUAUUUGUUUCUCUCUUUAUGUGAUCAGUAAUUUGUUAUGGAAAACUCACUGCUGGAGUUCAUAUGUACUGUAUGUCUUUUACUAAUACCUAUAGGUUUAUUAAUCAUUCAUCCAUUCAGUCAUUUUCAGUAAUCACUUUAUCCUGGUUAGGAAUGCUGUGGAUAUAGAGUCUAUCCUGGGAAUACAGCCUGGAUGGGAUAGCUCUCUUUAUUUCUAUGGUAAUUUGUUACGGUUAAUUCAGUUUUUCAUAACUUUUAGCAUGCUGCACAUGUGAAAUUUGUUUACUCAAUAUUUGUCACUAGUUUAUUGGCUUACCUAAGGACAGAUUCUGAAAAGGGGACAGUUGUUUUUCUGCUGCCAAACUAGACUACUGUUUGUUCAGUAUUAUACCUAGCCAGCUACCAGCAAAAAUAACUAGACUGUUGCUUUUUUUCUAGCAAGCUUGAAGCCAGCAAGUCAGUUGCAUAUUCUAGCUAUACAAGUUGUAAGAUGGUGUUACUUUAACAAGUAGAUUUUAACUACAGAGUGACCUCUGGCAAGCUAAAAACACAAAUCCAAACAUUUGGUAGUUAUGAGACCAGCAAGUUACGUACAUUUGUGUCUCCUUUGGCAAAGCAGCAAUUUGGUCUUUAAUGUUUAUUAAAAAUUUCAUGAAACUCUGGUCUGGUAAAGAGAAUUAUCUACCCGGAGAAGUACACAUACAAUGUUUCUCUUAAAUUUGGUUAAAAAAAGGGAGCUUAAACAUGCUACCUACAUGCUGCCUUCUGAUUGGCACACACAAGCCUUUAUUCAUCAAAGUUGUGCACAGUUAAAUCUGAUUGCACACAUAUUCAAAAAAAAAAUUUCCUAAUUAAUCAGUUUCAUCUUUGGCAUAUUUGUUUGAUCCAACUCAUAGCUGGUAACAGGUCAUUUAUCAAUCUUUUAGUUUGCGUAAGCUAAACCGAGUACUUUUUAGCUUAUGCAAAAGUUUUCUGCCAGAUUUACGAAAGCUUCAGAAACGCUGAUUUUCUUCAUACUUGUGUGUAUAUGUUGAUCACGUUGUUCCCAGCACAGCUCAUUUGCAUUUAGUGAUGCCCACAAACCUCCAUAAAAGUUCAAGUGCACAUACAGCUGGGAGCAUGAAAUGAACAGUCAGAGUAAAUGCUGAAAGACAGAAAUGGAAGUUGUUUUGACUCACUGUUAUUACUAUGAAAAAUAAUAAUAUAUUAAUGAUAUAUAAUAUUAAAAAUAAAAAGCAAGAGCUAAAUCUUCUGUCAGCUGAGGCAUUUGUAUACAUCUUACAGGUGUGCACAGAUGGACCGGCCCGCUCCCCGAUUAUAUGGUGGCAUUUCUUUUGUCAUAAUGAUUAAUGAAUGAUUAGUUUUAUUUAGCUUAAUUUAUGGGUUUGUGUUGGUUUGCUUUCUUUUUUUAAUAUUCUUUAAUUAAUGCUAAUAAUUUAAUGAAAACAACUAUAUAACUAUAUAACAACGAUUUCAUGAAAACAAUAAAAUCAAGUUUUAGUGAUGGGAUUCUUAGUUCCUGGCCUAGUAAAGUCGCAUGAGGAUGUGUUUUUGAUAGAGACUACAAAGCACUUCUAUAAGUCACUCUGGAUAAGGGAGUCUAAAUGCUGUAAACAUAAUAAAAAUAAGCAAUUUAUACACAACAGUACAUUCCAUAUAUAAACGUGCAGUAAUCCAUGCAAAUUAUAUAAUUUGAAGUUGAUCAAGUUGAGGUUUACAUUAGUUAGUCUUAUUAUGAAUAAAUUUACACUCAGGAACAUGAGUAGAAUGUUUUUCCGAAUUUACAGAAUUUUCAUGAAUAACAAAUUUCUUGUUCUCAUAUGAACAAUUUACAUACAAAUCCAUUCAUAUUUAUCUUGAUAGGCCCAGUGUGUGCAAAUUUAAGUGUACUAUUUCAAUUUGUUUGAAAAAUGCUUGAUUUGCAGUCGUAUAGCUAAAAUCGAUGUAAUUAAUAAUAAUAGCAAGUAUUAUACAUAGUGUAAUAGUGCUAUUACACUAUAAUACGACUAUUAUAAUACUACUAAGUGCUAUUAAUUGCUAUUAAUGAAAAUAGCAAAUAUGUUAAUCACAACUCCACAUGGGAACUUCAAACUAAAAUACAGGUAAUGGAGUUUGGUUUCAAAAUGUAGUUUAUAAAUAUGAAUCAUAAUAUGCUGACAUGGCUCUUUAUCAGCUCCUUCUGUUGAGUAAUAGCCAGACUUGUGUACAAGAUGCAACACAAAAAGCUUGGAAAGACAGUCUACUCAGUAAUGCUGAGUAACAUAGCACUUUUUUUUUUUUAAAUGUUGUUAUAUAAUUUCAUAUCAACACUAAAACACAACAGAUGUGAUUCUAUUCAUUUUGAUAGUCUGCUUUUCUGUGUUUAACUUCUCUUUAACUUUCACUUAAGUUCACUUAACUACAGGUGAGGAGAUUUUGAUUGUGAUUUCUGAUUGUGGUUUCAAUAAUUACCUUUUUAUUUGCAGCAAACAUUAAUUCAAAAGCACUUCUAACUGAGCUUCACUGAAAUAGAUUUUUUUCUCCCUCUCCAUUUAGGUCAGCUUUGUCGUUCCUCGAUCUUGGUAGCCCACUGAAUGCUUAUCUUUUAUUAGCUCAAUAUCACAACAUCUACAUAAUUUAGUGGUAUACAAGGGUAAAUUAGGGUGUGCCAUAUGCAUUUGUAAAUAAGGGACCAGUGGGCAGGAGCUUUCAUCCACAGACCAUAAGCUGAUUACAUAUUUUCAUUCAAACCUGCUUUUUGAAUCAGAUGAAUAUUUGUUUACACAUUGUGCUUCUAUGCAACUUUGAUGAAUAUUUGCUGGUGUCAAUAUCAGUUAUGUAAAAUAAUAAGGCUGACAGAAUCACAUCAAAGCGGAAACCUGAAGCUGUUUACCCUUUCAUAAGUCACACAGUAUUUUAAUAGAUUUCUUUAUGCAGUGUAGGGUCAAAACACUGGUGCAGAGCUAUAAAAUAAACACCUAUUUAAGGUUUUGGUUAUCCCAAACAGGAUCCGGCAGAACCAUCUGAAGUGAUUCUCACUGUACACAGAAUAUGUUAGGAGACAGGAAUGCAAGGAACAUUAUAUAUCAUUUUGCGUUAGGUAAUAUUUGAAACUUUUUUGAUACUUACAUGGGCAACAGUGAAGUUGUAAUACGGGCAGAAGUGCCAAGUAAUAUGAUGUCAUGAUAACUGGAACAGUUCCAUAGUUCCUUCUCCUUGUUCUUCUUCCUCCUCCUUUUCCUCCACUUCUUCUUCUUCUUCUUUUUAUUUGAAUCAUUAUUAUUAUUUUAUAACACACAUUGUUAUGCAUGUUGGCCACACAUUGAUGAUAGGGACCAAAAGACAAUGUCACUACAAAGAGCUGUCUUAUUUUGACAUUUCAGUACUUUUAUAUUCCAAGAUACAUUAUUUAAAACGAAGAAAAUCUGUAUAUUGUUUGAAAAAAAAAAACUCUUUUGGAAAUUAAAUGCACACUGAUCAUUAACUUUUAUGUUCAAUGUGUUGUUGUUGUUAACUGAAAGUGUCUAAUGUUACUAACGUUGCUAAUGCUACUCGUUCUAGGGAGUGAACUUAUACUUUUGGACCUGACUGCAUUCUUUCCUCAGUUUGAUUUUUUUGUUUUUUGUAGAAUGAUGUACUGUCUGCUUUUAUUCUCUCUUUGUGCUUGGCUGGAUGCUGCUUUUCUAGCAAUGAUUCGUACCAAUAAUGAUGGUCAAUGUGAUAUAAUUGCUUGUGUGACAAUGUCAGGUGCAUACUGUCUGUAUUUGCCUGUUACACAAAAAAGUCAUAAUAAAUGGAAUCUCUUCCCAGGUCCCAA